CCUCUUGUGAGUAAAUUACAUAUAGAUACCAUUUUUGGGCAACCGUUUUAAUUUGAUACCAUCUUUGAUAAUUUUAACAAGUAAGUGCAACUUCUACAACAGCAAGUAACUAAUAGAGCAACUCUGAUAUUAAUAGUGAAUUAACCGCGUGGGCCCAGUUGUCAUAGCCAACGUCCAUCUGCCAGCCGUUAGGGCACGAGUGGAUAAGCCGCAUCUCUGGUUCUUGAGGUCUUGGGUUUGGGGAAUUUCCUGGUGCGGUGCCUUUGCUUGUUUGACCCGUCUCUUGGAGUGUGAGCUAGCUUCACUCCCGGCGCUACUCCAGAUCUGUGGUGCUCAACCCCAGCAAAACUCUCCACCAAAUCUUUCCCUUGUUAUUCCUUGCUGAUUUGGGGAUUUUUUUGGGGGCUUGUGUGUUUUCCCCCAAAUUCUUGGAUGCGAUUUCUGCUCAAGUCUCAUUAGUAGUACUGGUGGGGAUGGCGACGUCUCCUGCCGACUCCAUUGCCACCGGCCGGAGCCGCGGCUUUGAGGUUCCUAGUCCUAGUCCCUUUCCGAAGCGCGUCCACGUCUUCUUCGUCGACGCUGAGGAGGCCGAGCCGCGUGGCCGGCAGCGCCUGCUGGAAGUCAUCAACAUCGACGUGAAGGCCGUCUCGACCUCGCCGCUGUCGACUUGGACCGUGCCACCGAACCCGAAGCGGAUAGUUCUGGCCCGGCGCCUGGUGGCCAAGGACAGCGUUCGGCGGCGCUUCCGCGGCGUGCGACGGCGGUCGUGGGGCAAGUACGUGGCGUAGAUCCGCGACCCGAGCCUGCGGAAGCGGCUAUGGCUCGGCACCUUCGACACCGCUGAGGAGGCCGCCGCGCUCUACGACGCCGCCGCCGUGCGCCUCAAGGGCUCCCUCGUCGUCACCAACUUCUCGUGCCCUAACGGCUGGCAGACGGACUUUAGCUAUGACAAGUAGACCCACGCGGUUAUUUCACUGUUAAUAAAACCAGAGUUGCUCUUUUUGUUA